CGACCUCUGCCUUCGGUGAGUAUCGGUGCUUUUGCAGCGAAGGGAAAAAGCGAAUCCUGCUUCAUCCUCGCUUUACACUGUCUCUCAGUCCGUGUUGACACAGUCCCUGGUUGCUUCGGUCCUUAAAGGAUAAACAAACCCUUACACUAAUAAUGUACGCCUGUGCGAAGUUCGUCUCCACACCUGCCCUGGUCCGCUCUGGAUCCCGGGCUUUGUACAGACCCCUGUCUGCUUCUGUACUGUCUAGGCCAGAGGUCAAAACCGAGGCACCUGCUGCUCUCCUGCCCCAGUCUCCUCUCACCCAGGUGUGUCUGCGAGGCUUCCAGACCAGUGCAGUGAGCCGUGACAUUGACACUGCUGCCAAAUUCAUUGGAGCCGGAGCUGCCACUGUCGGUGUGGCUGGAUCUGGUGCUGGAAUCGGAACUGUCUUCGGCAGUCUGAUCAUUGGAUAUGCCAGGAACCCAUCUCUGAAGCAACAGCUCUUCUCAUAUGCUAUCCUGGGAUUUGCUUUGUCUGAAGCUAUGGGUCUCUUCUGUUUGAUGGUUGCUUUCCUCAUCCUGUUUGCCAUGUAAAAACUUACUGCAAGUGGCAACAUAUGACAUACUCAAUUGUGAAUUCACAGUUGCUACCAAAAGUGUCUGCUCUUAAUUGUCUAUGUAGAAAGAAAUGUUCAUUUUCGAUGUCCACUCUGUCAAAAGAAUAAUGUAUUAUAAACUUGUAAGCAAUUACAAAAUUAAAAUGUUUAAAGGACAAUUGUAACUUUUUUGUAAUUUGGGAAUUAUAUUUGUCCCCUCUUUGAACAACAGUGGUGCUCACUAAAAUGACAACUUUGAGGAUUCAUUGCAACACCUUGGUAGUCUGAUAGCACUUUCUGUACAUCACAGCUGGAGAAGUGUACAUGUUCUGGGUCCACUUAUUUCCGGGGGUUGCACUCCUGGUGGACGGGGAAAGGGAUGUAGGAUGCAGCUGGUUAAGUCAGUAAACAUUUGCUUUUGUAAAUUGCGUUAAAUAAAUAUCUACUUGUGUUUA